AUGCACUGGACACCGGAACACGCCCAGCCCCUCAACCAGUGGCCAGAGCAGCACCUGGACGUCUCCUCCACCACCCCGUCGCCGGCCCACAAGUUGGAGCUGCCCCCCGGGGGUCGCCAGCGCUGCCACUAUGCUUGGGCACACGACGACAUCUCUGCCCUCACUGCCUCCAACCUCCUCAAGCGCUACGCCGAGAAGUACUCGGGGGUCCUGGACUCGCCUUACGAGCGCCCCACCCUGGGCGGCUACGGCGACGCCGCCUUCCUCAACGGCGCCAAGGGGGACCCCGAGCCCUGGCCGGGGCCGGAGACCCCCUACCCCUUGGCCUCGCUCCACGAGGGCCUCCCGGGAACCAAGUCGGGCACUGGGGGCGGCUCCGGGGGCCUCGGGGGUUCCCCGGUUUUAGCCGGUAACCUGCCUGAACCCCUCUACGCCGGCAACGCGUGCGGGGGCCCGUCGGCGGCGCCCGAGUACGCGGCGGGCUACGGCGGGGGAUACCUGGCGCCCGGUUACUGUACGCAGACCGGCGCCGCGCUGCCCCCGCCGCCCCCGGCCGCGCUCCUGCAGCCCCCGCCCCCGCCGGGCUACGGCCCCUCUGGGCCUCUGUACAACUACCCAGCGGGUGGCUACGCCGCGCAGCCGGGCUAUGGGACCCUCCCACCGCCGCCCGCCCCGCCCCCAGCCCCCUACCUAACCUCGGGCUUGGCGGCGCCCACGCCCCUGCCCACGCCCGCCCCGUCCCGGCCACCGCCCUCCUCCUACGGCUUCCAGGGGGCCUCGGAGGCCGGGGUGUCGCUGAAGCGCAAGGCGGCCGACGAAGGCGCCGAGGGCCGCUACCGCAAGUACGCCUUCGAGCCCACCAAGGCCCCGGCGGCCGACGGCGCCUCCUACCCCGCCGCAGACAACGGCGAGUGUCGGGGCAACGGGUUCCGGGCGAAGCCGCCGGGAGCGGCGGAGGAGGCAUCAGGCAAGUACAGUGGCGGCGUCCCCCUCAAGGUCCUGGGCUCCCCCGUCUACGGCCCGCAACUCGAGCCCUUUGAGAAGUUUCCGGAGCGAUCCCCGGCGCCGGCUCCCCGCGGGGGCUUCGCGGUGCCGUCGGGGGAGCCUCCCAAAGGUGUGGACCCGGGGGCCCUGGAGCUGGUGACCAGCAAAAUGGUGGACUGCGGGCCGCCGGUGCAGUGGGCGGACGUGGCGGGCCAGGGCGCGCUCAAGGCGGCGCUGGAGGAGGAGCUGGUGUGGCCCCUGCUGAGGCCGCCCGCCUACCCCGGCAGCCCGCGCCCGCCGCGGACCGUGCUGCUCUUUGGGCCGCGGGGCGCCGGCAAAGCGCUGCUGGGCCGCUGCCUCGCCACACAGCUGGGUGCCACGCUGCUGCGCCUGCGCGGAGCCACGCUGGCUGCGCCGGGUUCUGCCGAGGGCACGCGCCUCCUCCAGGCCGCCUUCGCGGCUGCGCGCUGCCGCCCGCCCGCGGUGCUCCUUAUCAGCGAGCUGGACGCGCUGCUGUCGGCUCGGGAGGACAGCGCGACCGCCGCGGGCGCGCUGCAGGCGCCGCUCCUGGCCUGCCUGGACGGCGGCUGCGGCGCGGGAGCCGACGGCGUGCUGGUCGUGGGCACCACCUCGCGGCCCGCGGCCCUGGACGAGGCAACUCGCCGGCGCUUCGCUCUCCGCUUCUACGUGACGCUGCCCGACGGCCCGGCCCGCGGGCAGAUCCUGCAGCGGGCGCUGGCCCAGCAGGGCUGCGCGCUGAGCGAGCGGGAGCUGGCGGCCCUGGUGCAGGGCACCCAGGGCUUCUCCGGGGGCGAGUUGGGGCAGCUGUGCCAGCAGGCGGCGGCCGGGGCGGGCCUCCCGGGGCUGCAGCGCCCCCUCUCCUACAAGGACUUGGAGGCGGCGCUGGCCAAGGUGGGCCCUAGGGCCUCGCCCAAGGAGCUGGACUCGUUCGUGGAGUGGGACAAAAUGUACGGCUUCGGACACUGAAGGCGCUCCGUGAGGCCGCGGGAGCCGCCGCCCGCCUCCCCGCCCCUCUGUUUGGGAGGGACGUCUUUAACCCCACCGGGCUGGGGGAUGCGGAGUGAGGGAUAUGGGGUGGGGGAGAGAAGGGGGCUGCCGGUGGAUGUUUUUUUUUCGUGGGAAGGAAAAUGCUUCUGCUAGGCAGAUAGAUGCCGUAUGCGCUGUGUACUCAGGUUUUUCCUAUUUAUUGUGGACGGGAAGCUCGCCAUCUCGGCCCCGCGGACGGAAGGCCCGGGGCCGAAGGAACUCCUGCUCUCUCGCCACAAUCCUUUUGUCUCCUUGCUUUGUGAAUGGCUCCCUCCCCCUCCUCCACUCCCCCUCUCUCUGCGUUCGCGUAGUUUUCUUUCCCCGUCGCUUUGUCACUGACCAUACCUCGUACCACACCGCCCCACCCGCGCUGGCUCUGUUUCUCUUUUGCUCCUCCCUCCCCUGUCUCUCCAUCUAUCACCCUCUGUGCUUCUGUCUCCAUCCCUUGCUCUCCAGCCGCUCGUCUCUUGGUCCCUCUCCCUGCCUUCUGUCCCUCACAUUCAAAGACUGCGGUGUCCCUUUCAGGAGAUCUGGAGGUCUAGGGGCUGAAGAGGAGGGGUAGGGAGUCCCCUCCCACCCCGUAUCCGUCACCCAGCUGAAACC